AGAACUUGCAGCAUGGCUCGAAGCGGCUGCGAGAAAGCGGGCUCACACGUGCUUGUGAUUCCAUUCCCGGCACAGGGGCACAUGAUACCCCUCCUCGACCUAACCCACAAGCUCGCCUCCAACAACAGCAACCUCACCAUAACGAUCCUAACAACCCCAAACAACCAAACCCUCUUAACCCCUAUCCUUUCCUCCCACCCUUCCGUCCACCCCUUACUCCUUCCAUUCCCAUCUCACCCUUCCCUUCCCGGAGGCGUCGAAAACGCCAAAGACAUGCCCCACUCUAUGCAGCCCAUCAUUCUCUCCCUCUCCAGCCUCCACCGCCCCCUCCUCCACUGGUUCCACUCCCACCCUUCCCCUCCUCACUUCAUAAUUUCUGACAUGUUCUGCGGUUGGAGCCAACAACUCGCCUCCCAAGUUGGCAUUAAAAGGCUUGUCUUCUCCCCUUCUGCUGCUUUCGCCUUCUCCAUCAUGUGCGUCCUCUGGAAGGAACUCCCCAAAUGCACCCACCAAAACGAGGUCGUUUCGUUUCACCGCCUUCCCAACUCCCCAAAAUACCCCUGGUGGCAGGUCUCUCCUCUGUACCGUAGCUACGCUUCCGGAGAGGCAGAGAUGGAGCGGUUCAAGGAUUGGUAUCUCGGGAACAUAGCCAGCUGGGGACUCGUUCUGAACACGUUCGACGAAUUAGAAAAGCCUUAUCUUGAUUUUCUGAAGAGGGAGCUGGGCCAUGAUCGUGUGUGGGCGAUUGGACCGUUGCUGCCUGCGGACGAUUCCUCUCUUGAGAAGAGAGGCGGGUCCAGUUCGGUCGUAGUAAACGACGUGGUGUCGUGGCUUGAUGAAAAAGAUGAUCGCAAGGUCGUGUACGUGUGUUUCGGGAGCCAGACUAUUCUGACCGAGGAUCAGACGGACGCGAUUGCAUCAGCAUUGCUGAAAAGUGGGGUCCAUUUUAUUUGGUCAAUGAAAGAAGCCGUUAACGGUAGAAUUGCAUUUCCAUUGGGAUUCGAGGAAGGGGUCAGGCAGAAGGGUCUCGUGAUUAGAGGGUGGGCCCCACAGGUGGUGAUUCUGAGGCACAGAGCUGUGGGCGCGUUCUUGACUCACUGCGGGUGGAACUCGGUGCUGGAAUCGGUGGUGGCUGGGGUGCCACUGCUUGCGUGGCCUAUGACCGCUGACCAAUUCGUAGAUGCAACGUUGCUCGUGGAGCAGUUGAAGGUGGCUAGGAUGGUGUGUGAGGGAGAAAAGACUGUUCCCGACGUGGAACAUUUGGGUCGAGUUUUGGCCGAGUCCGUGAGUGAAAACGGCGCCCAAAAGAGAGAGGCGUUGAGACUGCAGGCCGCGGCGCUUGACGCCGUUAGAAACGGUGGAAGCUCCGAGAAGGACUUGGGGUGCUUGAUGGGACAGCUACUUUUGCCGUUUGAAAAGUGAAACGUAACGGAGAUCAAUGUUUAUCUUUUACGUAACGCCGUUAAAAUUUUAUAAUAUUAUGCGUAUUUUACUUCACUUCUAACCAUUAACAUCAAUAAUUGCCGCUUCACUGAAGCACAAUAAUAAUAUAUGUAUUUUCAUGCAAAAUUUAAUAAUUUAAACUUCUAUAUUGGGGGCAUUAUUGGGAAAGAAAAGAUACUUCCACCAUAGUUCCGGUGAUGUUAUCUUUAAUAAUUAUAGUAUCCUCUUU